GGACGCGCUCUCAUCAAUGUGACCGUCGAGUGAGCUGUUCAUUUGUGAUGGCUAACGUAAACGUUACGUUGUGCCUUGUGGCUUUGCUUUGCCUUGGGUAUAUCCAAGCUGCUAAUAAAUUCGAAUCCGAUAUAUACGAUGGAAAUUGCACGGGUGAUGGAGGAAAUUUGGAACCCGUAGGAACCAGUGCACUCGAUCGAUUCAUCAGGAAGGCCCAAGGAAAGUUUUGGUUCAAACUAGCCAUUCGAUGGAUCAAAAGCAAGUUGAAAGAUCCAGAAUCAGGACUCAGUAAGAUGAUGGGUAGUGCUGCUGCAAAUCCACUUGAAUGGGAUGACGCUGACGAAUUUAACAUGACCCCACCAACAGAGCCUACACCCAUGUAUCUCAUCAAUUUUAUGGCAAAGAUCAUGGGUAGCACCAAGACUGUAUACACGUAUCUUUGGAAUUAUGGAUUCAUCUCGAAAGUGAUGAACUUAUCCAAGAAAGCAACAGAAAAUUACAACGGUUCAAUUCCUCCGUGUGCAUUAACGAACGCUAUCAGGGAAUUCCAAACCUUCAACCAAAUCAAACCCGCCGAUGGAAGACUGACUAAAGAAACCAUAAAGAAAAUGGCUGAUGACCGUUGCGGUAAUGGGGAUGCUAAAUGCACUACUCCAAAGUGUUUAGCUGAAGACAGAUACAGUGCUCCAAACCAGCUUAGGAGAAAGCGAUAUGUAGUGCGCCGAAAGAAAUGGAAGAUAGGUUCACAAGGCGUAUACAAUAUAGGUUACUUUUACGAGAAUGACUAUAAUCCAGAUGCUAAAGGCAAAGAGGGACACGAUAAAACAAUGGUUCCCGCAGUUGUGAAGAAAGAAAUAGAAGCAGGAUUUGCUGAGUGGACAAAAUAUUCUGGUCUCAACUUUGUAGAAGUUUCCAAUCCGAAGAUAGCAAAUAUGAAAAUCCGAUUUGGAUCCGGAGAUCAUGGAGAAAAGAAAGAGAAAUCCUUCUUUGACGGUCCUUACGGUGUUCUUGCACAUAUGUACUACCCCAGAAAAGGAGAGAUGCACUUUGACGAGUCUGAAAAUUACACAGCAUCACACGAAAAGCCGGGAAUAAGUCUGUACUAUGUUGCUGCGCACGAAAUGGGACACGGCCUAGGAAUCGAACACAGCGCAAACAACAAAGCACUUAUGGCACCUUACUACAUCGGUUACCGAGAACAGAUGCUCCUAGUGGAUGACAUAAAGGCAAUCAGACAUCUCUAUGGAAUUGGGAACGGAUUUGUUGAACCACUAGAAGGAGAAAAAAUCAUCGCUGAAGAGGGUCUUGGUAUGGGAAAAAAGGUAGGAGAAAAGGACGCGGACAAGACUGAUGAAGAUGAAGAGGAAGAAAAAGAAGUUGUAGAUGAUAAAUGUGUAACCGGUAACUCAGUUUCUUCCGCACAGACUAAAGAUUUGGGACAUUGUGUACAGAGCUUCACCGCAGGAUUCACUGAUCCAAAUGAGGAGUAUAUCUAUCUUUUCUAUAAUGAAAACAAUUAUCUCCGCCUCGAAUCUGGUCAUCGAGGUAACUUCCCUAAAGUUAGCGAGCCUUUGACAAUUUUCGCAGAGAUGUUCAUCAGCGAUAAGUUCCCUGGCAUGGAAGGGCCUUACGAUGCCGCGGUAACAGAUGAUGGCAACAAGAUCACCUACUUCUUCGUUGACGAAACAGUGACAACUUGGGACUGGGAAGCAAAUCAGAUAGGAGAUCUGAACAGGGAACCAAUUGAAAACACCAUGUUUGCCGGUCUCCCUGACUCCGAUGAAAUUGAUGCAGUUGCCAAAUUCGAUCAACAAUUCCUCUUCUUCAUUGGUGAAAAUUACUACAUCUUUUCCGUAGACGAUGGAAUUUUGGAUCCAGAGGGUCACCCAGCCACACUUGACGGGGAACAGAUUGCCAGUGCAUUCCACUCCUUCUACAACGGCUACAUUUAUACAACCAUUGACAGCUACACAGAGAAUAGCAUCUACAAUCUGAUCAAGGCGAAAAGAAUCACUAAAGGGGUUAGCAGUGCCGAAGAAUUCCAGGAUGCUGUUAUGGCCUCUUAUGGUGAUAUUGACAUGGAAGACGACACGAUGUUUGGUUGGCCUUGUGGUUUAGGAUUCUGUGGAAAUGAACUCGGCGACUUAAGAUCAGAUAUUUAAAGAUAAUGAACUAAUCGCUGAUCGUGACUCACGAAAGGGGUAAUCACGGCUUCGAAAUAUUAUUUAACGUACAAUGUGUUGAGUCAAUAAAUAUUAUUGGGAAAUUUCAAUAUAGAUUUAUGAAUAUGUUUUUAAUCGUGUAGACAUUAAACCGAAAAGGAUCGUUUCAAGUUAAUUUCCUAAUCAUUGGGAAUGAAGACUUAAAAGCGAAAAAUCCCUAGAUAAUUCAGUUUUCUAAAAAAAGCCUCCCUUUCGAGAAUUUUUUAAAUCUUGCUCAGAAUAUUGGGAAUUUAGAACUGUCUGAUUUUAAAGAUUA